AUGCCGGUACGCAGCCUGAUGCCUCUCUUCAGCCUGAUGCCGGUACGCAGCCUGAUGCCUCUCUGCAGCCUGAUGCCGCCUGAUGCCUCUACUCGGCCUGAAGCCUCUACUCGGCCUGAAGCCUCUACUCGGCCUGAUGCCUCUCUACCCAGCAUGAUGAACUGAUCCAGCCUGACGAUCCUAUUAGGCCAGUUGACUCGAUGCCCGCUGUUGAUCCAGAUGAUCCGGUACCUGAUCCGGUGCCCCGCUGUCGAGCCAAAUGACCCGAUGCCUGGUGACCCGAUGCCGCUGCUGUCGAGCCAGACAAUCCGGUACCUGAUGACCCGGUGCUCACUGUCGUGCCUGUUGACUCGGAGCCCACUGCCUUGCCAGAUGACGCGGUGCCCGCUGUCAAGCCAAAUGACCUGAUGCCUGACGAUCCAAUGUCUGACCCAGUGCCCGCGGUCAUACCAGUUGACUCGGAGCCCACUGCCUUGCCAGAUGACGCGGUGCCCGCUGUCGAGCCAAAUGACCUGAUGCCUGACGAUCCAAUGUCUGACCCAGUGCCAGCGGUCAUCCCAGUUGACUCGGAGCCCACGGUUGUGCCUGGUGACUCGGUGCCCGCCGCCCCGCCUGGGGGCCUGAGACCUGUCGUCGUUCCGCCUGGGGGUCCGGCGCCCGCCACUCCGCCUGAGGGCCCGAGACCUGUCGCUCCAUCUGGGGGUCCGGCGCCCGCC